UUCAAGCAGGAAGUGUUUACAAUAUUUACGCUUUAUCGGGACAUAAAUCUUUAUAUAUAAAAAAAAAAAACAACUUACAUAACAUCAGGUAUAUUUCGGAUUAAAACUGAGCUCAACAAAAUAAUGAGAGAAUUUAUCAAGUUAAAUUGAAUAUAAAUCAGUAAAAACAGACAUGGAAUACCCUGAAGAGACUGAACUUGACGCAAUAAAUAACAGAAACACACAAGAAUACAUUCCAGCCAUCGUGUUUGUUUCUAUAGUAAUCAUAACGGGAAUUUCUGUAAACGUUUUUGCAACAAUAUUCUACGCUUGCAAAGCACCGAAGUCGGUCAUACAGAUUUUUAUGUUCUCACUCUCACUCAACGAUUUGGUAACCAACUUUGUUCUUCUUCACGAUUUAGUUGAGCUGUUUUAUUUUGUUCAGUACAAAAGUGUGGUCGCAUGUAAGCUGUUUUAUGUGUUGAAACAUUGGCUAGUUGGAGACUCCUUACUGUUCAUGGUUGCAAUUGCCUGGGACAGAUAUCGCCGUGUAUGUUUCCCAUUUUCGAAAGAGAUUACUCUUCGUGUAGCCUGGUUUAUAAUUCUGGGAUUGAUGAUGUUUUCAAUCUGCAUCUCAGUCAGAAGUUUUGCAACCGCUGACAUUCUUCGAAUAAACAUAACAACAGAGCACAAUAUUACAAUACAAGGGUACUACUGUACUUUGUCGGAAGAGCAGAAACUUGCUGUGGUACGAAGCGUAUUUCAUAUCGUUGAUAUCUGCAUACAUGGCGUAAUCAUAUGUUUACUUGUGUUUUUCUACAGUUUUGUGGUGCGGAAACUAAUUCAAAGUCAAAAGAAAUUAAAAUCGCACGACAAUCUGGGUAUUGUAGCUUACAAAAGAAAAGCCUCGCAAGUUGUCCAGUCCCAUACCGAAGGUUCCAGUACAGAUAUUGUUGAAAUUAAUUUCAGCAAGUCGGGUAACGAUCAUAAUUCAAGUACAAACAAGUCUGCAGCAGCAUGUGAUAACGCUAACAAUGAUAUUGUUCAGUCAGCAAAACAAGAAAUCGAAAACAAAGAAGCGGUUGUGAGUACCAGAGGAAGACUUAGUCAUUCCAUACAUGCUGCCAUUAGAAAGCUACCUUUUAGCCACUCGAGAGAUACAGACUCCGACACUGAUGUAUCUACAGAGGUAGAUAGUAAAGAACAUAAAACGAAAACAAAACAACUUUCAACUAUUUUUAAGCGCAACAGGCCUAAAAAUAAGAAACGUGGAAAUGCUACAUCAAGAAUGGAGAAACGAAUGACUAUAAUGGUGGCUGUGAUAACAGUUGCGUCUAUCGCAUGUUUUGUUCCAUAUUAUGUAUCAAUGGUGGUGAUAAGUCCUAAUCUAAACGGAAACGGACUUGUGUUGGAUGUUGGAAGCAUAAUUGUUCGUAGAUCUUUCAUAUUAAAUAGCGCAAUCAACCCUUUCAUUAUGGUAGUGUUUAACGCAGCAUUUAGACACUUCUUGCUGGAUAUAUUUCAUCGAAUAUCUUCAAAAUGUGGAGUUGGAAAAUUUAAAACAUUCAAAUAGGAAUGGUAGGAUUCAAAUUGCCAUAAGUUUUAUAAGAUGAGAAAAGUUAUGGUGACUUUUGCAAUAUCUGCAUUUUUUUUUGCAUAUCGUGCAUGAGUUUACACUUUUUCACCUAUGCGACAAAACAAGCUAGGAUCUUCCAUUUCCGCCUUUGUAAGUCAAGGAUUUCCCUACCUACCCGAUGGACAGUACGGUAUGAAAAAAUGAGCGUACGGCGAUAAUCCUCAUCUAUUGCUGUCCUUAUGGUCGGGAAAGCGACAGGCCGAUCAUAACAUUUUUCUAACCCUUCCGGACAGCAUGUAUAUAAUUUAUGAUGUCAUGACUGGAACUAAGAACGUCACUUAAGCACAUACUAUUAUUCGAAGGAAGUACAGAGACAUCUGCUUCCAUCACAUAAUUGUAUGAUUCUAAAAGAAAAUGAACGCUGUACAGAUAGUCCUUCGUUUUAUUUUAUUCCUGUUAUAAUUUGUAGUACCGGUAUACAACAUGCAAGUAAAAGAAUUUAUCACUUGAA